AUGGAUUAAGAAAGAACUUUGAAGAAUUUACUUGAAAAAAAAACUCUUAAAUGGAUUUUUGUUGGCGGUAAAGGAGGUGUUGGAAAAACCACAACUUCUUCUAGUUUAGCAACUUUAUUAGCAUAAAAUGGAGUUAAGGUUUUGAUUAUUUCUACUGAUCCAGCUCAUAAUUUAUGUGAUUGCUUUGAUUAAAAAUUCAGCGGAAAAGAACCUACUCCAGUAGCAGGUAUUGAAAAUCUAUGGGGUAUGGAAAUAGACCCAACAAUAGAUCCAAAUUCCCUCAAUUUUCCAGAUUUUGAAGGUUUUGAAACAGAUUAAUCUACUAAAAACUUCUUGUCUGAAAUUAUUAGCUAAGUUCCUGGUAUUGAUGAAGCUAUGAGUUUUUCUGCUUUAAUUAAAUCUUUAGAUAAAUACAAUUUCGAUGUUGUUGUAUUUGAUACAGCUCCUACAGGACAUACAUUAAGACUUUUGAACUUCCCAAAUUUAUUAGAAAAAGGUAUUGAGAAAAUCAUAGCUUUAAAGAACAAGUUUUAAGGAAUCUUAUCAAGUAUUGCAGGUUAAUAGAAUUUUGAUAAAUUAUUUGGUGAUUUGGAAGAAAAGAAAAAAACAGUUUAAUUAGUUGUUAACUAAAUGAAAGAUCCUAAUAGAACCACCUUUGUUGCAGUUUGCAUUCCUGAGUUUUUAAGUAUGUACGAAACUGAUAGAUUAGUUUAUGAAUUAGCUAAAUAUGAAAUCGACAUAUAAAACAUUGUUAUCAACUAAGUCCUCUAUCCAAAUGAAACCUGCAAAAUGUGUAGGUCUAGAGCAAAAAUGCAAAAGAAAUAUAUGGAUUAAAUAUUAGAAUUAUAUGAAGACCUUCAUGUUGUUAUUGUUCCUCUCUAAGAAUCUGAAGUUAGAGGUGUAGAGAAUCUUAAAAAAUUCUGCUAGCUCCUUCUAACAUAGCAAGAAAUCCCAAAGAUACCUGAGUGA